CAGGCUCUUGCACGCUCCGGCAGGCCCCGCCUCCAAGAUGGCGGCGCCCAGCAUAAGUAGCCGAGACACGGCUCCACUCAGCCUCAGCUUAUAGUUUUGACCGGGUCUGGCCAUGGAUUGGAGGGGGUUCACGGCUUCGCUGGUGGCUGGUGGGGUAGCAGGUGUCUCUGUCGACUUGAUAUUAUUUCCUCUGGAUACCAUUAAAACGAGGCUACAGAGUCCCCAAGGAUUUAAUAAGGCUGGUGGUUUUCAUGGAAUAUAUGCUGGCGUUCCUUCUGCUGCUAUUGGAUCCUUUCCUAAUGCUGCUGCCUUUUUUAUCACCUAUGAAUAUGUGAAAUGGUUUUUGCACACAAAUUCAUCUUCAUAUUUGAUGCCUGUGAAGCAUAUGUUGGCUGCCUCUGCUGGAGAAGUGGUUGCCUGCUUGAUUCGAGUUCCUUCUGAAGUGGUUAAGCAGAGGGCACAGGUAUCUGCUUCUUCAGGAACAUUUCAAAUUUUUUCUAACAUCUUAUAUCGAGAGGGCAUCCUAGGAUUGUAUCGAGGCUACAAAAGCACAGUUUUAAGAGAGAUUCCGUUCUCUUUGGUCCAGUUUCCGUUAUGGGAGUCCCUGAAAGCCCUCUGGUCCUGGAGGCAGGAUCAUGUGGUGGAUUCUUGGCAGUCAGCAGUCUGUGGAGCUUUUGCAGGUGGAUUUGCAGCUGCUGUCACCACACCUCUGGAUGUGGCAAAGACAAGAAUUAUGUUGGCAAAGGCUGGUUCCAGCACUGCCAGUGGGAGUGUACUUGCUGCCCUGCAUGGGGUCUGGCAGACACAGGGGCUCCCAGGAUUAUUUUCAGGUGUCUUCCCUCGAGUGGCAGCAAUCGGUCUGGGAGGUUUCAUCUUUCUUGGUGCUUAUGACAAAACUCGCAGCUUGCUGUUAGAACUUGGCAGAGAAAAUCCAUGAAUCAGAGACAGACCCACAUCGUCCUCUUUCAAGAAAGGGGACUGCUGUGAGAACUGUCUCCCUUCCGGUGAGCAGCUGUUUGGCCAACGGAACAACAAACAGUGCUAAACCCCCAUUCUGCUAAGAUCAUGAUAUUGAGAAUGUGGCCUCCGUGGUCGGGAGCUGACUGGAAUGAAGUCAUCACCCUAUAAGCCAUAAAGUUAAAAAAGAGAGAAAAGGAGUUAUGUCAGUAGUGAUGCUGUGAACAAUUGUCUUAGAACCCCUUAGUAAAUAAGUUUGGUAAUGCCAAGACCAGGCCCUUCAGAGCUUUCAUUGGGCCUAUAAUCGCUCUUGCAGUUUCCUGCCACCUGAUAGUAAAUUCAGUGGAAGGUAGAGAUAAUUUUAAAAGAAUGAUGAGAUUAGGAAAAGGAAGGAGACUUGGGGGGAAAAGUUGUGCAUGUGGGUGGGUGUUUCUCCCCUGGGUCAGUUCCUAUUGUGUAAGCUUAUGGCUUUGUUUAAAAAGAAUGAACUGCAGGUGCAUAGCAAGCAUUCCUUCCUGCGGUUUUUAUUUACUGUCAGAUUUCAGCUUAUAAAAACACGGUUGUAUUAUUUUGCAGAGGAGUGUCCAGCAGUCCAUGUGCUGUGUGAAAGAAAGCAGUGGCAGCUCAAGGCACUAGGUGGGCCCGGCUGGGUCUGGGGAGAGAGGGCCGGUGAGUCCUUGCCGUGCUCCACCAUUCUCCCAUUUCAGAGAAUGCAAGGGCCUUGGCCAGCUUUGGAACCAGUAUUGCUGCUUCAAUCCUAAUCAGAAAGGUUUGUUGCCUAAUGUUUUAAGCUUUAACACUGGAAAGAAAAGGAUGCAAUGGGAAGUCCCUAUAUUUUGGGAUUUUAGAGCCUGACUAAUAAGUGCUAAGUGCAGAAAAAUUCAGAGAGUAAUCGAUCUCAGGCAGCUGGUCGUGGAAUGUGAACUCUUCCCUGUAUGACUGCUUUGUCCAACCUGGUUUUUCCCCCCCUUUUUUGGGAUGAAUGACUGCAUUUGUAAGGGAUAUUCUGGAGUUACAUGGGAUGAAGCAAUGCUGGUUAAUGUAUAUAGAAGAAGGACCCCAACCACACACUUAACAUUUAUAAAUGAACCUUUAUUAAACACACUUCAAUGCCAUUUGUUAAACACUUUAAUAUUUUACAUGUUUUUUUCCAAUGUACAUUGUACCAAAAUUUCUAUAAAUAA